CCAACCCCAUAACGAAAGCCGUUUUCGAGCCGUCUGAAUAUUGUACAUAGCUAGCAUAGAACAAAAUAAAUAAAUAGCCCCUGCUAAAGCUGCUCUCUGUUCUUUAGCACAAAACCCUCAGAAUUCUUCAGGACCCUGUUUCACUGAGCACAACACAGAUUCUUUCUUUCUCUAUUGAGAUCUCUCUCCCAUAUAAACCCCACCACAUGCUUCCAUAAACCCCACAACAUCUCUCUUUUCACUUCAUUAAACAUUACUAGCAAAAAAUUCUCUGUCCUUCUUCUUCUCACUUCUCAACAACAAAACAGUGCAGAAAAAAAUGCCUUCUGAUGUGAGUGAACGAAGAGCUUCCAAACAACAGCAAGGAGGUGCACCGGCUCCAGAGCCGGAGCAUCUUCCUUGCCCACGUUGCGAUUCCACCAACACAAAAUUCUGUUACUACAACAACUAUAAUUUCUCUCAGCCACGUCACUUUUGCAAAUCGUGCCGCCGUUAUUGGACGCACGGCGGCACUCUUCGUGAUAUCCCCAUUGGUGGAGGCAGUCGCAAAAAUGCGAAACGGUCCCGUACAAUCACCACUAACUCCACUAACAGUAGCUGCUUGUCAUCCACGCUCUCUCCUAGAGAAUACCAUCACGCGCCUAACCUGUCACACGUUUCUCCCUUUUUGGUUCCUCUAACUGCCGAUCAUGGCGGUUCACUACCCUUUGACGUGAAGCCGGGUGUGAACAUGUGUGGGAGUUUCACUUCGUUGUUGAGUAGUGCUCAAGGGCCUGGUGGGCUUUUAGCACUUGGUGGAUUUGGGCUUGGAGUUGGGUCUGGUAUUGAAGAUAUGGGCUUUGGUCUUGGUAGGCCCAUUUGGCCAUUUCCUGGAGUCUCACAUAGCAGUGUUGAUAAUCAUAACAGUAAUGGUCCUGGAAGUAGUAUGUUGGAAAGCACGUGGCAGCUUGCUAGUGGUGGAGAGGGAGGCUUCGUUGGAGCUGGAGGAGAAAUUUUUAAUUUCCCAGAUCUUGCUAUUUCUACGCAUGGAAAUGGUAUGAAAUGAUUACUUUUAGGGGAAUUAGGAAUUGGAUUUUGUAACUUUUAGGGGUACUCGUGUCUUUUUUUCUUUUUUUUAGAGUUUAUAUGAUCUUAGCUAUAUCAAAGUAAAUGCCAAAUCCCAGAAAAAACAAAAUUUUUUGUAUAUUUUUGGUUUUCCUUUGCACCUUCUUGGCCUCUGGAGUGUUGGUCUUAGAAUUUAGGACUGCAGUUCCUUCGAUUAUCAGUUGUAAUUUGAUGGAGAAAGACUAUGAAAUUGUUGUAUUUUGUUUGUUGCUACAAAAA